AUGGAGACCGAGUUGUAUCGAGAGAGCGCACUUUUCUCCUGGGAUGAGGUUGCGACCUGGACAACGCGUAGUUUGGCUACAGGGAGGACCGCGGAACCCGAGUCCAUCGCUAGCCCUGGUGGGCCGACUGCCUCCCAGGGCGCAACGCAAACAGCGCUCGAAGCUAGCAGCGGGCGGGUUGUGGACGCGGGCGCGGUGUUUGGCGCUCCCGUACGAGACUCAGAGGCAGGUUUCAAUGACGAGUACAUCGAGGUGCUCAUCUGGAGGCUUUUGCGUCACAAGGAGCGGGAUCGGGCUGGUGCCUCGCUUUGGCUCGAGAUCGCCCGGAAACGUUUCUACGGUUCUAUGCAAAAGUUUCCAGAUCCAGGGGCUCUGGGAAACCUGUCGACUUUGCAAGCGACGCUUGCUCAAGUCUUACACGGAGAGCGGUGGCGUCUACUGGACGAAUCCAUCUCCGCCGUGGUCUUUGGUGCGGACCCGAGCUGGUGCUACCUCCUCGUUGCGGGUACUCGACUUGUCUGCGUUCGACUGAGCGCGCUCAAGUCAGCCCAGACAGAAGUUGUUGCUUACGAGUACAGAAACGGGUUGGGUGUAGGCACAGCGCUUUCGUCCGAACGAGUGAUGCGAACACCUGGAAGCAUGCGUCGGGAAUCUGUUCAGGAAAGCCACCUCGAUACCGAGACGGCGGAUAUGCGUUACUUUUCCAUGGAGACCUACGCCCCAUUUCCCUCGAACACAGUUCAGACGCUGCACUUGCCGACCGAAGUUUACGCAAUCCAAGCCUUGGAGGAUGCGCCGCACGCUUUUAUUGCGUUCGCACGAAGUGGGCAUCUAUUCCGUAUCGAAAUCAUGCAGCCUACGGGAAUGGAUGUGACAAACGUUUCAUACACGCUGACGACGCUCGCAUCCCCGAAGAGUUUCCGUAAUUUCGGUCCAGCAAAGAGGAUACUGCAAUCACUGAAAACGCCGGGGCGCCUGGGGGCCACGGCGGGAGCCUCCACACCAACCCGCGUAUCUCCGCUGGGAGUGGAGAGGCGGACGCCUUGGCUUGCCAGCAGCAGGUCUGCAGGUCGCGCUUUUGGACAAGUUCCGAUCGUUGCAACUUGUGCGAUGCGUGGCCACGUGUUGAUGCUCGACAUGGAGGGCAUUUUUCGACUGUGGGACCUGGGCAACCCGCAGGUCUUUGUUGAGUCGGUGCCCUGGCGUGCCUCGCUGGCGUCAUCGGGGAGUUUCGGCUUGGUGCCGCAUACGCAUUCUGUGGAGAUAGCUGCGCCAAACGGAGUAAUGGCCUCAUUUUUAGCCGUCGUCUCUGUUUUGGACGCAAGCGGCCUGUUGCGUUUGCAACUCAUUCAUGUCGUCUUGCGGCGCGCUGCUGAGGAAAACAGCACGCCCACCGGUCUGGAACUCACCACACAGCUCUUGGCUGAUGCGGAGGCGCCUGCGGAAGAGCUGACGACGUGCUGCUUCUGGCAAUCGCAGCAGGCACUCUGUCUGGGCUGGGCAAACGGCAGUAUCACCUUGAUACCGGUAUCCGCUGAUGCUAUCUCAUCGGCAAGUACCCGGGAAGCCUCGGGAGAGCCCUGGUGGUCAUUCUCACUGAAGCCGGUCUACAGUAUCGCUGCCGAGGAUGAGAUAGAUGCGGACCUCCAUCUGCAAGGCGCCCUGGAUCGGACACCGGGACGCGACCCGGUAGAGCGUAUUCUAGCGCCGCAUCGUUUCCCCUGGGGCACUGUCUACCGGGUACUGCAGCGUUCGCUCCGCAGCGAGCAAGAUGCUGCAAAUACCUCUGCCGUGACGUCGGAGUACGCACUGGAUCAAAGCAUGUCACCGUGGACGUUAUCGGCGUCGCCGUGCCUCGUUCGGUAUCUGCGGGAGCGCCUGGUCGAGCUCGCAACACAGGAUCCCGCGACGAUGGAUCGCUUCCUUCGUCGCGUUCGCAUGUUUUACCUCGAAAACGACGCGUCCGUUCUACAGCUGCAACCGAUGCCUCUUUUGGAUGCAUUCAGCCUUGUCGUGCAUCCCUGGGGUGCCGCCGUACUCCGCCUCUGUGAUGCGUCGGAGUGCCUGUUUUUCCGGAGUCGCGAUCAUUCGUUCAGCACCAAUCAGGGCGAUGCGCUGCCCUGGAUGACUUUCUUGAGUAGGCUGCUUGUCGAGCGCUUCAAUGCUUCACGCUGCGAUGCCUCGAUUGGUGGAUCAACGCCAGCGCUGGAGCCACUUGCAUCGCCACCGGCCUUGCUGCAACAGGACGACUCGGCAGCGCUGCUGCAUCACCUGUGGGAUAUCGUGACUGGUCCAUGUCUGCUGACCGCGGAUGCUCUACAGCGCCUCCAACCGCCACCUGGCCUGCUAGCAGUCGUGCAGGCUACAAGUCUGCCGCAAAUUGCCUACGUGCGGCGGACUUUUGCUGGCAUUGGCGCGAAUCUUGCCGCGCUAGGGCAGCAGCAGCAGCAGCAGCAGCUAAAUUUCUGGAAUCACCAGGAACGGCUGUGGGACUUGGCACUGCGCAUCAGCACCAGCGCCGAGCUAAGCGACCAGUACGGACACCAUUUCGUGGAACGAAUGCUCGGGAACGGCGAGUGGCUCGUUUGGCUGAAAAUGCAGCACGCGCUCAGCACAGACUCUGUUAACGCCAACGCAAGCGCGUCUGCCGGCUCUGCCACCUGGUUGACGCUGGUACCGCUGCUGAUACGGCCGAGUCCUUCGAUGGUACGUCUUCUGGUAGAGAAGGCGCCGUUGCACUGGGCGCUGCUCCUGAUCGAUUCUUUCUAUGAGAAUGAGAUGCCUGCGGUUCGUGCUCAUGUGGCAGGCCUCAUCGCACUGCAGCGCUGGCGUGAGGAGCGGCAAACGGAUCCAGUGUCGCCUUUUGUUGAGGCGUGGACGGAGCUCCAGCAGAAGCAGCGGCCACUUGAUCUGGAACUCUUACCACAACUCGUUGGAAGUAUGAGCGGUGCACUGGAUUACGCAGAACGCAUGGUGGAGUUUCUCGAGGAUCAACAGGCGCAUGAGGCAGCCUGUCAAAUGGCGCGAGUCGCCCUUGCGACCCUAAGGGCAGAGCGCCAUGUGCAAGCAGGAGGCGAGCCUCAACCGGGCCUCGUUUCUGUACGUGAACGAACCGAGCGAGAAAUCACCCAGACUCAGUUGGGAUUCUUUCUAUUCAUGCGGGCACUGGAUACGAACGCGCUCGACGAGGCGCUCUCGGUGCUCGUGAAGGAUCUCCGGGAAUCGAGUGCGCCUCAGACCCGUGAUGCGCUCUAUCUCCUGCUACAAAAAGCCAUCGAAAUGAAAGGAAUGCCGUGGUUGCUGGCUCAAUCCCUACCACCUCUGUGCUUUCUGCGCUCUGCUGAGGCGCUUUGGCGCCUCGCGACCGCCUGUGAUCUGGAGCGUGCGGGUUCACUGUACGAGACGACGUGUGCUGUUUACAUGACUCGGAACGAAUGGUGGCUGGCAGCGUGCGUCGCCGUUGACUGGGCCGAGCGUACUCGUCAAGCACUGGACGCGGUACCAGCGGCACAGCAAGCGCAGUUGCUGGUCGACGCUUCAGCCGCUGGCGAGUCUGAACGCGUCACAUGGCUCCUGGAGCAACGUCAGUGCGCGUUACAGCUCGCGCUCUACCUGCUCAAGCAGGCCGGGGACAAAGCCGUUCCCGUCACUCCGUCCUGGGUGAUGGUCCAAGAGGCUGACAUUCGUCGGGCCUGGUUGCUCGUUCGCUAUCAACGUGCACUGCGACGUCAGCUGAAUGCAUCGGGGCACAGCAGCGGAAACUUGCGUUUCCUAUUCGAGACCAGCGAUGCGGCAGCUCGAUCCGUGGCGUAUCAGCUUGUCGCUAGUCCACAUCGUUUCGAUGGUGAGAGCGGUAUCAUGGCAGCUCUGAGGCUCACGUGUUUAUGGUGGAACGAAGCUACUGCUGCUACUGCUGCAUCUUCUGAUGCGGCGGCUCCAAGCAUGGCGCUCGCUGAUGUUCGUCGCGAGACUGCUCGUAUUAUUCGCCUUGCUGUCGAGCGUGUGCAACCUUUAUAUGAUGAACAUGCAGCGGCUGAUGCUGCGCUCGUCCAGAUCGACAAGGAACUCGAAGCGGCCCUCAAUUACGCUGCUUUGACCGCGCGAACUGGGUACGUUUUCACUCCUGCUCUGGAGGCCUGGAUUCAGUGCACUGGCAAGCCCAUGCAGACCGCUAGCUCCGAGCGCAGAACGAAUUCCCAGGGAAUAGCUACAGAGCGCUUGCCGAACAGGGACCUGGACCCUGCUGCGAUACCAACGUCAACUGCGGAAGCGAGGAUACCCAGUCGCAAACAAAGCGAUGACGCGAGCGAGUCCAAACCGGCGCCGUCCACCUUCAAAACGAAAGUGACAGUGGGCAUCGCUUCGGCACCACGUUGGCUAGUUGAUGCCGUGGCCCUGCGCGAGAACCACCUCGAGUCUAUGCUGAAGCUGCUGAUACAAAAGCAGCUCUAUGCUGACGCUGCUCAACUCGUUGUCUUGCGCUUGGAGUGCAGCAGCCCUCGGCGACACCCUAUCUAUCUCUCACAACAUGUUCUGCUUCAGCUGCGAGAACUCCUGAACGCUGCCCCGGACACCAGUGCAACCACGUCCUGA